AUGAAACAUUUAUUGGUUGAACUAAAUGAUUUACCAGAUGAGAUUCUUAUGAUUAUUUUGGAAAAAUUAUUAAAGGUUGAAGUACUCUAUUCUUUAAUAGGGGUUAAUAAACGACUCAGUCGAAUAGUACAUGAUCCAAUUUUUACAAAUUGUUUGUUAUUGAUGACCUAUUCCUCAGAUGGUUUCAUCGAUCCAUUAUCUGAUCCAAUGCUUGAUCGAUUUUGUUCAAAAAUUUUACCUGCAAUACAUUAUCAAAUCAAAUGGCUUAAUCUUGAAUCAUCAUCUAUGGAACGCAUACUUCGUGCUACAAAUUAUCCGAAUUUAUGUGGACUUGGUUUAUUUAAUAUGAAUGUAGAAACUGCACUAUCUCUUUUUAAGGAAGAAUCUUUUCUCGGUUCUACGUUCAAAAAACAAAUUACAUCACUUGAUAUCGAUGGCAUUGCAGACGAAAAAAUAAUUUCAAUAAGACAUACACUUGUAUUUACACAAAUCUUUUCGUUAUUCAAUAAUUUAAAAUAUUUAAAUUUCAAUUCAUCUGCAUGUUGUUAUUCAUUCGAAAUAUCAUUUUUCAAAUCAGUUCCGAAUGUUUUCUCUUCAACUCUCUUAGAAUUACAUGUCACCUUGAAAGUUUUUAAUGAUUGUCUUUAUUUACUUGAUGGACGUUUCAAUCAACUUCAUACACUUCAUGUUGAUGUUUCUGUGAUUCACAGGUCAGAUCUAACAAUGAGUAACAAGGGAAAAAUAUCUAAUUUAAAAUUUUUUUCGUUACAUUGUAAUAUGAGUACAAAUGAUUAUGAUGAAUUGAUUGUACCACUUUUACAAAGAAUGUCGAAUUUAGAAAAACUUGAUUUAUAUCUUAUAGUUUGUGGUAAACAAACAUUUAUUGAUGGUAAUGAAUUGAAGAAAAAUAUUAUCAAUCAUAUGUCACGAUUAAAUAAAUUUUCGUUUAAUAUUCGCUCAAUUAUUCGUCUUUAUAAUCAAAUUAAUUUAGCAUCAAAUCAAGAUAUUCAACAUACAUUCGAAGAUUUUCAAGAUAAUCAAAUUAUUUCUUGUGUUGAUUAUUUUUCACAGGCUGAAAAAGGUCAAUGUCUUAUUUAUUCAUAUCCUUAUAGACUGAAAUAUUACGAUAGAAUAACAAAUAAUUUUUCCGGAGAUUUGUUUGAAUGUGUUCGUGAAAUAACAUUAUUUGAUGAACAACCUUUCGAACAUGAAUUUUUUCUUCGAAUUUCUCAUUCAUUUCCAUUUAUGCAAAGUUUAACUUUAUUCAAUACUAAGCCGCAACAGAAAAUAUUACGUAGUCGAUCAAAGCAGAACAAUCAAGAUAUACCAAUUAUUAAAUACCCUCAUCUUGUUAAACUUAAUCUCACUGAAGCUCACAUUGAUUAUAUCGAACAAUUUUUAGUCCAUUGGAAAACGUCUUUAACGAAUAUUGUUCGUCUUUCUGUAGGUUAUCGAUCCCUGAGAGUUGUAACACGAGAUUUUAGAAGAAAUACAACACGAAUCAAUUGUACAAAACUUAUUCCUAUAUGUAUAUAUGCUGGUAAUGAUUGGCCUCAAUAUGUAAAAAAUUAUUUUCCUUGUCUAAGAAUAUUUUGA